AUGUUGCCCGAAGUCCAUGCCCACUUAAAAUCUCAUGGUGAUUCAGCAAGGCUUCGUUUCACUGGGCAUUCACUUGGUGGAAGCUUGGCAUUACUUGUAAAUCUCAUGUUGUUAAUACGCCGUGAAGCACCACUAUCUUCAUUACUUCCUGUGGUAAUGUUUGGUGCACCAUCUAUCUUGUGUGGGGGUGAUCAGCUUCUUCGGAGGCUAGGCCUUCCUCGUAGUCAUGUUAAAGCUAUUACCAUGCACCGAGACAUUGUACCACGAGCCUUCUCGUGUAGUUAUCCUGAUCGUGUAGCUGAGCUUCUCAGGGCCGUAAAUGGAAAUUUUAGAAAUCACCCUCGUCUUAAAAAUCGGAAAAUGCUGUAUACACCUAUGGGAGAGAUCCUAAUCUUACAGCCAGAAGAGAAAUUUUCGCCACACCAUGAACUCCUCCCUUCUGGCAGUGGUCUAUACCUUCUAAGCUGUCCUUUGUCGCAUUUGAAAGACAAAGAGAAGCAUCUCCGUGCUGCUCAAGCUGUUUUUUUCAAUUCGCCGCACCCAUUGCUGAGUGAUCGCGCUGCAUAUGGUUCUGACGGUACAAUCUACAGGGAUCAUGACAUGUAUUCCUACUUAAGAUCCGUCCUAGGUGUGAUCCGUCUUGAGCACAACCAAAUCAGGAAGGUCAAAAGAAAAACCCGUCGUGAAGUGUGGUGGCAGAUCGUUACUCCACGGGAAACCCCUAAUUCUGGCAUAGUGAGUCAUCAAGUAACAUCAAGUCCCAUGAGCAGGCAACCACUAAAUUUUGCUGGUGCAUUUCAAAAUGGGGGGCAGUCAUUGAAGAGGUUCAGUAGAUUAGUUGCAUCACAACACAUGCAGCUAUUCGUUAUUCUCAUGAUCCCAGCUCGAAUGUUGCUGGUGGAUUGUAUCAUGUAA